AUGACGACUGAAGAACAAUUUCAAUCAUUGAAUAUUCAACAAUCCAAUGGCCCUGAAAAUGGUGAUACAACACAAGAACCAGAUAAUGAAGUAACAACAAUAACAUCUAAUACAUCUUCUGGACCACCAUUACGACGAUCACGUUUUUUUCGUUCGAAACGUAAACAACGUCAACAGGAAGAGCAAUAUAAUCAAGUCGACACUGAUAAUGUUGUAUCUAAUGAACCAAUUAAUGCGUCUGAAAGUUCAGGUAAGAAACAAUCCACUGAAGAAACGCCUGCUGAAGAAGUUUUAGUAACUGCUACCAGUGCGCCAAUUGCAAUAAAAGUAAAAAGACGUGUAUUCGUAUCACCUCCUCCUUCUCCUCCAUCCACGGAUGACAAUGAUGAAACAGAUGCAAGUACAACUUCAGAAGAAACUCAAUUUACUGCACCAGUUGAAGAUCUUGAUGCUGAACGUCAAGCUUAUUUAACAAAAAAACACACUAAUGACAAAUCAUCAUCUACUCAAUCAAGAUUAACUGUACAGACAAGUUUUUCUGGUUAUCAAAGAAAAAAAUCACAAUCAGUUAAAUUAACUAAUGCUGAUCGAGUUGAUGCAUAUCCAAAGAAAAAUGUACGUUUUGCUGAUGAUUUUGGUCUUGAUUUAAGUCAAAUUAAAGUAAUUAAAUCCGACGAAUUACCUCAUGUACCUAGUGCUGCUUUUAAAGAUUUGCAUGUUAAUUAUGAUGAAAAUUCAUUAUCAUUUUAUCAAGAACGUAUGAAAUUAAUAACUUAUCUAGAACAACAAUUUGAAAAUCCUAUUCAUACUCAAGGUUUUGACGACCGUGUUUUACGUCAUAAAGUUGUAUUAGAACAAGCUAAUGCUAUUGAUAAUAAAAUAUAUGGAACAGUAAAAAUUAUUUCGUUCGGUUAUAAUAAACGAGUUAAAAUUCGUUUCACAACAGACAAUUGGAUUACAUUUCACGAUCAUAAUGCCACAUAUAUUACAGAUUCACAUGAUGGUACACAUGAUCGAUUUACGUUUGCAUUAGAUAUUGAUCGAGAUCGUAUAUGUGUUGGAAAUAAUAUCCAAUUUUGUGUUGGUUAUGAAACAUAUGUUGGUCAAGACUAUUGGGACAGUAAUUAUGAGGAAAACUAUCGAUUUGAUUGUGUUUCAAGGACGAUACCCGAUUACAGUGGUUAG